AUGUUCUGGUCGAGCGAUCUGGCAGUUUCUGUAAGUAAACUAGAUGAAUUACUAAAGAACGAUACUGCGACGCUAGCAGAUGUGUUGGAAGAUGAUUAUACGAUACAAGAAAUUCGCAAUGGCAACCAUCAGCUCAUUAAAUUUUUAACAAGGCAAGAAAUAGUGGCGCAAAUAAUCAAAGGUGCAUUGGAACCAGAAAUCGAUGAAACAUUACCAGUGAAGGAACAGUACAAGAAAGCUUACUUAUGUGCCGAAAUUUUAUCGAUAAAUAAUGAAGAGCUUAGUAGGGCAAUUAUCAGUAAUGAAGAAGCGUGCAGUUUAUUUUUCGAUUUCCUGGACAGCAGGAAAUUGAACCACGUCAUCGUCAAUUUUUAUAUGAGAAUAUUCUCACAAAUUAUUAAUAGAUUUCCUGAUCAGAUAUUUCCUCGCAUGAAGGAAAGUCAGUUUUUAAUUCACUGUAUGAGGAGUAUGAAGCAUUCGGCUGUAAUGGAACUAUUAUACCGUAUAGUUAGUGGCCUAUCAAAUGUUGAAUACCAAGAUUACAUCAAACAGUGGUGUGCGGAAAGUCGAAUGGUGGAAAGUCUUUGCGAUCUUCUUGUUCCAGAACAACCACCUAUCGUUCAUGACAAUGUUGGUCAUUUAUGGAGUGAAUUGGUACGCAUGCUGCGUGAUAUACAGUACACCGCAGAAUGCAAACGGCAUGAUGCCUUAUUAGAGAGCUUGCAAUCAGAACGGAAUGUGCGGAGUUUAAUGAGUCGUAUGUUACCUGACAAUAUGGAACAGCGUCGUGAUUCUGUUAUUGUCAAUGCUGCCGCUAUUUUGAUUACUCUUUUGGAAACUAAUUUUAUCCCUAACUGUCCCAGUCAUCAGUUAGGGAUGGAGGAUCGUGGUAUUCAGACGCAAUGGUACGGUGGUGUGCCAGUCGCAGAAAAUGAAUUAAAUGGUACAACGGUGUGGCAGCCUGAUGCAGGUUAUAUUGUUGAGACAGUUGUUGCUGCUUCAGCUGAUCGAAUUGCCAGUGCAAUAAUUGAUUCUCUCAAGGUAGGAGAUGGUGAUAUAAAGAUCUGCAGCGAUGCAUGGUGUCCACUGAUGCGAUUGUUGGUACUAGUAUUAGAUACAAAUCAUAUGGCAACACAUCAGGCUGUUUUGGCGGCAUUUUCAUCUCUUUCAAUAAGUCCAUUCAAACUCUUCCUCGCUUAUGUCAAUACUCACCCUCAACUUACACUCUUUCAAAAUCUUUUACAUCGAGCCAUUGCUUAUAUUCUUUAUACACUUUCAUCUUCUCCGUCGCCGCUUAUACAGUAUUUAUUUAAAGAUGUAGAUAUAUUAGAGCAUAUAUUGGCAGGUUCUGAAACAUCACAAGCCGACUUUCUACAUGGAUCUUCAAAAAGAAUGCUUCGAGGUUUUUAUAUGAAUCUUGCAUUAUUAAUUAAAUGUGCUUCCGAAUCAUCAUGCAAUGCCGAAUGUAUCAUUCAGUUUAUUCAAGCAUCUGAUCAAGCUGCCCGUUGGGAAGCUUUCUCAAAUGCGAUAAAAGAAUACGAAGAGAAAAAUCGUGGCGAUGAUACAGGAAUCACUUUCCCACCGACUAGUAAUGUCCUCGAUACGGCCAAGAUUGAUGCAUGUGAUGUUCCCGAACCUAUGGUUAGCAGUGCCGCAGAGUUAAUGGAUAAGUAUGAGCAGUAUUUAAUAUCCCGGUCGCUAGCAGAAAAUGUUGCAAUAUCAUUCCCGUGUUCUUCUCACGACACUGAUUAUGAGGUCACCGAUAUCACGUCGGAUUGCGAUAUUGCGAGAGAUUUUGCUAACAUUGGAAAUGAAGAUAUGUUCGAUGCAAUGUGUGCACUGAGAAUCGACACAAGUAUUACAAGUAAGGAUUCAGGAGAUGGAUGGCCAAAUGCAAGCAGGCCCAAGGAAGUACAGAGCAAGGCAACCAGCGAUAAUGGAGACGACUCAGGAUCGAAGUUUUCCGUACUUUGGAACAGUGCUGCUCCCGUGUUGAAUUCUAAUGAAAUUACUCCCAAUGAUAUUCAUGAGUCUACUGAUGAAAAAGAUGCACCAAAAGCGAAUGUAGCCAAAGAAGAGAGAAAAAUAUCAAAAUUUGUCAUAGAAAGUAAAUGGCCGCAGACUUCUUCAAUGCCCUCUACGGAUGUCGGGAGCUGGGCCGAUUUCACAUCCAUGAAGCCUGAUGACUGGCCUCCGCCACGGUCGCAGUCAGAGGAUGACGCAUGGACGACGCAUGGAACUAGUGAGGAUAUAUUUCUCAGUCCUGCAACAGCGGCGCUUAGCGGUGGUAUCGCGUCCGUUAUUAUGGCUGGACAUAUGAAGGGAUCCGAUUCUAAAAGUUCAGAAUGUUGA